CCUCUGACUACACGUCGAAAACGUCUAUUGUCCGUGACGAGCUGCCAGAAACACAUUCUGGUCCUUCGACCGUGUAAUGAAAGAAAAGCAGCUGCUGUGCAAGAUGUACCUGCUGUGGAGGGCCAGUACAGAAAAGGGACGACGAAGGAGGUAUCAGAUACAGUCUCCAGCGCAGUUUCCACGACAUGAAGCAAUGCGAGGAAUUAUGUUGACCAGCAGAGAAGGAACCUGCCCCAUGACUGCAUCCAGCAUCAAAAUGAAACCAACUAGCAAGCGUUCAACUGAAUACAUGACAAAACUAAAGCGAGGAGAGUUUUCAGAACAGAGGAUAAUGGGAGUGUCUGUGUCAGCUAUGGCUGAAACAGUAUCUGCAUCCACCUUUAAUCACACAAUGCCAGGCAGGGCACCAACUGAAUAUGCCGAGAAGCAAUCAGAAGGAGAGAAAGUUUAUCCUCAUUAAUGUCUAAAUAUAAACACAUAUUGAGUUACUUUUUCUGAUGUAUUGGUGUUUUCAAGUUAAUUACAGGUGAACAGGUUGAUGCAGUGACUGGAGGGUGUUGUACAAAGGGCACAGCAUAAGGUGUGGAGCUGAAGCAUGAGUGCAGUCUAAUAACAGAUACAGUUUCUUGAUUAUAGAGAAACCCAAAACACACACUUGGAGUGAAGCCAGCGUCACAAUGAGUGUAGCA